CCAGAGCUAGGCGAGUGCCCGGGCUUGGCAGCCGCAGACCGAGAACUGGCUGUCCUGGAACCGAGGCGGUGGGAGCCUGGGGCGUCCUGCAGUACAGUAAGAGCGGCGAGAUGCUCAACCGCAAGGCCAGCCACUUUCUAGGAAUGAGGGUGCAGUCGGAGCUUGAACACCUCUCCGAGCUGCGGCGGGAAGCGGGGAAGGAUCGCAGGUCAGUGCGCGGUUCAGCCGCGCGGACGCGGGCAAAUAUGCGGAACCAGUCGACGGCGGCGGCGGCGGCGGCCAAAGCGGAUGAAGACCCUGGAGCCAACUUGUUCCCGCCGCCGCUGCCCCGGCCUCGGAUCUGCAUGUGGAAGUACCUGGACAUCCACUCCAUGCACCAGCUGGAGAAGACCACCAAUGCUGAGGAGAUGAGGGAGGUGCUGGCUGAGCUGUUGGAGCUAGGACAUCCUGAGCAGAGCCUACGGGAUGCCAUCACCCUGGACCUCUUCUGCCACAUGCUCAUCUUCUGCCGCCAGCAGGACUUCUCACUGGAGCAGACGUCAGCAGCUUGUGCCAUGCUCCAGGAUCUUCACAAGGCUUGUAUUGCAACCCCCUUGGGCAACGUGGAGGAGUGCUACCGCUACUUCACCAGUGUCCUUUUUUGCCAUGGAGUCAGGCGGCCUCCUUUCAGCAUCGACCUCUUCAAGGAGGAACAACUGCUGGCCCUGGAAGACUACGUGGUCAACACUUACUUCCGCCACUUCAAGCUCUAUAAAUACGUCUUCACAUCCCAGGUGCGGCUGGAUCUAUCUUUGACUUACAUGGGGCUACAGCCACCUAUACUGUGGCCAGAGAGUGAGACAGAGAAAGAAGAACGCAAGGAGGUGGAGGAGCAGGCAGUUACCCCCCAGGAAGAGGAGCUGGAGACAGUGGCCCCUCCAGAGCUAGAGCCAGAGCCAAAGCCAGGCCACAUCCAAGUCCUCCAAGCCUACAUCAAGACCCAAGUGAACAAGGAGCUGGAUCAGCUCCAGCGGCUGGUGGAGGAGCAGCUCAAGGCCAGCGAGGAAAGGCUCAACAGCAAGUUGACUGCAUUAGAGCGGCCCUUCCAGCUACCUCCUGGAAAAGGCAAGAGCAAGACUAAGUGACCCCCAGCAUUUUCUCCAAUAAAGGUCUGGGCUAGAAUGGC